AUGGUCUUUUCUUCCCAUCUUUUUAAACUCGGUCUCACCAUUGUCACUGUGUCUCAAUUGGUGACAGGUGCCCCUUCAGAUAGCCUGCGAACGCAAGCAUUAAAUACCCAUAAUAAGUAUCGUGCAAGACAUCAUGUUCCUGGUGUCAAAUGGAACCAGAAUCUCGCCAACCAUGCCACUCGCGUGAGUCAAACAUGUAAUUUCAAACAUGUCUUGCCAAAUACCGGACAGAAUAUCUCUCGAGGCUAUCCUUCUAUGGAAGCGGCUAUUGAUGACUGGUAUAAUGAAGUUAGAAACUAUAAUUACAACACGGGCUCAAAUAAACCUGGUAGCAGUACGGGACAUUUUACGCAAGUGGUUUGGAAGGGAACCACUCAAAUUGGGUGUGGAGCUACGUACUGUAAUAAUUACAGACAGACAUUUUAUGUUUGUAACUAUAAUCCUUCAGGAAACUAUAACGGUCAGAAUCGGGCUAAUGUCAUUCAUCCAUAA